GUUGAACUCUAUACCUAUAGGAAGGUAAACUGGUCACCGUCCUCCUCGUGGAUGUUGAAUUUUAUACAUGUAGGAAGGUAAAUUAGCCACCGUCCUCCUCGUGGAUGUUGUACUUUAUAACUAUAGGAAGAUAAAUUUUCAACCAACUACCUCGUGGAUGUGGUACCUUAUACGUAUGGGAAGCAACUUAACCACCGUCUUCCUCAUGGAUGUUGUACUUUAUACCAGUAGGAAGGUAAAUUAGCCACCGUCCUCCUCAUGGAUGUUGUACUUUAUACCUAUGGGGAGGUGAACUAGGCAAGGUCCUCCUCGUGGAUCUUUAAUAUUUUUUUUCCUGGUAGUGAUGGAGGAUUGUUAGGUUACUAAUUAACAAUGACACAUUAGAGAAGGUCUUCAGGGUUACAGUAAUGUCUGUGUUUUCGGAUAAUAAAGGGUUUAAAGUGUUGAGAAUUUAUCUGCUCGGCUAUAGGCCUAUAUAAAUAUACAGGCCUAUAGUCUCGUACCUUGCCCAAUUAUUCGUAAACGAACAAGUUACAUGUUCCGUUCUGCUCAUGGAUGUCCGUUCUCCUCGUGGACGUUCUGCUCAUGGAUGCAGGCUGCCCAGUGCUACUCGACCUAUGACCAUCAGGAGGUUGUGCUAUCAUAAGGCACAAAGAUCAGCACUUACAUAUGUAUAGCAGCUCAGCCCAGACAAAGACAUGUAUGUUAAAGUAAACAGCAAGCGAAGUCAAAGACUAUAACAAACCAAAAUAUUAACAGGUUGCCCAACUGUUUUCUCAGAAAUCACAUAGAAGUAUGAGUGAUAACAUUGCAGAGGAUAAAAAAGACGUCAAGCCUAAACCUGACAGUUCCUUGUCAGAGGACGACAUCAACAAACUCUUCGCUCUUCUGAAGAAAGAGAUGCAGGCCAUCACAAUAAUUACCAGUGGCGCAACAGGUCUUAUCACUAGCUUGGUAGUAUUAAUCACUUACAAUACUUUACAACCUCCAGUCAUUGGCUCAAAUGGCACACUGGAACCAUCUCAUGAGUUAUCUGCCCCUGCCUGGGAGAGGAAUAGCUCCCUGGUGAUUUUUACGACAAAGGACAGAACUUUUAGCUUUGAUUUGGAAAGUGUCAGCCAGGGUGACUCAUUUGUCAGUUUUCAAAAAAGUCUAAUGAACCAGUUUAAGGAGGACCUAAUGGACGUAAACAGAACACUAAGUUAUCUGCAAGUAGCUUUGACUAACAUAUCUGAACAUUGUGUUGACAAAACUGGAAGCUUAGAAUCUGCUUUGAAAGGUCUCACGGCUUUAAACCAGUCCAUAACGGGACAAAACCUGAGACUGGAUACUCUUAACAUCACGUUGCUUGUGGUACAGAACACCUCUCAGCUACUAAAGAUAGAUCAACUGGAAUUGCUGGAACGGCUGAUAGAGAAUAAUGCCACACUGCAUGAUGUGAUUGAGCAUCUGCGCAAUCUGGAUCAGUCCGUUGAGCAACAUGGACAGAAAGCCAACAAAGCAUAUGACCGAAGUCUGCUGGCCAGUGCAGAGAUAUAUUCAAUGGGGAUUCCUGCCUCAUGGAUCCUGUACUCCAUUGUGAUAGGACUACUGAUAGAGCUGCCAAUCACCUUUUUUUGCAUGAAGUGGCUGCUUGUCAACAGAGGGCCUAACCCUGCUGUAAUCCCUCCAGGAAUGGAUCAAGCUGCAUCAGUACACCAUAACAGAACGUCAGAGACAGUACAGAAACCAGAAGUAAAGACAGAUUUCCUAGUCUUGAAGGAUGCAGUAACUUUGAUAGGAAUGGACCGUCGGACUCUCAAUUCCUGCAUAAAGCUGGUUACUAGUCUGACAGAGGACAUGGGGAUUGAAGUGAGGAAUGAACUGGUUAAGGAACCUGUUGACCUAAAGAAUAUCACAUGGUCAAAGAUCAUGUUACUGCUGGUAGAUAACAAUGUGGGAGAUGUGAUACUAGAAGAGCCUAACCGUCUUCAAGGUCAGAAUAAGGUGAAGAUAGCCGAGGCAGCCAUCAUGGAUCUGUUUGUGAUCUAUGUUGGACAUCAAGAGUCUCAACACCUGUCUGAGAACAAGCUCUUUGACCCUUGUUUGGCCUCUGUGAGGAAGCAUCCCAUCUUGAAACGACUGUCAGCUACUGGUCGAGUGAUGUCCAUCAACCAAGAAUUCACCAAACACCAGCGAGAACAGCUCAAGAAAGCCUUCAGAAAUUUAUAA